AGACUCCACAACCUCUCUGGGCAAUCCAGCCAUAAGGACUGUGUGACUGUGAAUUAUUUGGCAUCAGCUGCGGCAAGACGGAGCGUCUGCGAGCCCCGGGCACGGAGCAUCGCUCUGCUCCCUCCAUCCUGUGUGAGCUCUGGGCAUGGAACACCCGCUCCGCUCCCUGCAUCCUGUGUGAGCUCUGGGCAUAGAACACCACUCCACUCCCUGCAUCCUGGGUGAACCCUGGGCAUGGAACACCGCUCCGCUCCCUGCAUCCUGUGUGAGCCCUGGCCAUGGAACAUCGCUUCGCUCCCUGCAUCCUGUCUGAGCUCUAAGCAUGGAACACCGCUCCGCUCCCUGCAUCCUGGGUGAGCCCUGGGCAUGGAACACCGCUCCGCUCCCUGCAUCCUGGGAGCUCCAGACACGCUGCAUGAAAACAAGCUGACUGACAGCCACGACUUCAGCGCAGACCAGGCAACUUCUGACACAAGUCUCCCUGCUUGGAAGAAAGUCACUCGUUCACUUAGGAAGAUUUCAGAUGCUUCAUACUCGAUUUGCUUUCUUGCCAACGCAAUGAAGGAAGUGUCCUGCUUCUGCACAACUUUUUCUUCCUUGUUGGAACAGAUGGUGAAGGUUUACAAAUACAUGACUGGUAUUUUUUCAGUGACUCACACUUCAGAGCCACAGGUUUCAGACCGUGGCAAGCAGCUCACCGAGAUGGAUGUAGGCAAACUUGAGGAGCAGUAUGACCAUAUAAAACAGAAGCAAAAACUGCAGCCAGACAUUAUUGUAUAUAAAACAGGUGAACGGGAAUCUGUUCUCCCAGAAUCGAUGGUGAAUGCCGUCCUAAUUAAUAAAAAAGUUAGAAGAUCGAAGUCACGCACAGGAGACGUUCCUGUCAAAAAGGUCACAACGGAGACAACCAACGGUGGCAACUUAGAAGGCGACCUGCUGUGGCACAUCCACCUGGGAACUCACCGCCUGGGGCAAACCCCGGGACGAGGAGUCUCCUGGGACCUUUCCCACCACAAGAACAGACCGUGGAGUUUUGACAACCAGAGACUGAUUUCAAAGGGAAGCGGGACACCCCAACCCAAGGAAUUAGGAGGAGAAAGUGAAUUAUCUGCACUCAGUCAACUGGGAAGUUCAAGCCUGUUGAGAAGUUUCAGUGAGGAGAACGGCUGCAACAUUUCAAGUUCCUGCCAAAAGCCUCCUCUGAAAUCAGCCACUUCAGCAGUUUGGACACAUCAGCAUGUUUCUUCUACAAAAUGCAUGCCAGCCUGCAACAAACUGAACUUUUACCCUUUCCCUAAUAAGAAAGGGCCCAGAAUUUCUGAAGCAGCAAGGAAGCUUGGAUUGUAUGUCUCACCGUGAAGACACUCAGUCAUACCUAAAACUUAGCCAAAAACUUGACUAAAACUUAAAAUAGCAAAGUAGUUUUUCUAGUUACAUAGAUCAACCUGCUGCAGGUCUACUACUUUUAUUAGCCAAGGAAGAUUCUUAAUAUAUAAUCUUUAAUAUCUUUAUAAUUUUUAACAUAUGAUUUCGUCAUUCACUUUCAAGAGAUUCAAGAUGCUUUCUGAUGUAUUUUUAAAAUUAAUUAAUAAAACCUCUGCUCACUUCUAUUGUUGCAA